AUGUACGAACAUUUAUUGACACUUUCUCGAAAUUUAAAGAGUUAUUUUCCAUCACUUCUAACAACUGAAAAACAGUGGGUAGUUUCAUUAUAUGGUCCAUGUGGAGAAGAAAAUAUAAAAAAUGCUAACUUAUCUUCUACGGAAAAAGAACAAUUACUAGAAAUAUCAUCAGAUACCACGUUAAAAUCUAAAUUUUAUAUGUCUGAAAAUGAUUCAUUUUGGAUUUCUUUGCAAAACGAAUACCCAGAAGUGAGCAAAAAAGCGUUGCAAAUUUUGCUUCCUUUUUCAACAUCAUAUAUGUGUGAAUCAGCAUUUUCGAUAUUAGAAGUAACAAAAACCAAAAAAAGGUCAACGCUUAAAGAUAUUGAAAGUGAAUUACGCGUAAGUUUGUCAACAAUUCGCCCACGAAUUGAAGACCUAUGUUCAAUUCGCCAAUCACAAGUAUCGCACUAA